ACAAGGAUGGCUCGUACUAAGCAGACGGCCCGUAAAUCGACCGGAGGUAAAGCUCCGCGUAAACAGCUCGCCACUAAGGCGGCUCGUAAGAGCGCGCCCGCAACCGGCGGUGUCAAGAAGCCGCAUCGCUACAGGCCCGGAACAGUUGCACUCCGUGAGAUCCGUCGUUACCAGAAGAGUACUGAGCUUCUGAUCCGCAAGUUGCCGUUCCAGCGUCUCGUACGUGAAAUCGCUCAGGACUUCAAGACCGAUCUCAGAUUCCAGAGUUCGGCAGUGAUGGCUCUCCAGGAAGCGAGCGAGGCGUAUCUGGUGGGCCUCUUCGAGGACACCAACCUGUGCGCCAUUCACGCGAAACGCGUCACCAUCAUGCCCAAGGACAUCCAGUUGGCGCGCAGGAUCAGAGGAGAACGCGCUUAAGCGUGUAGAGGAGUCUGGUGGUGAUUCCCGUUGUUGUGUGUCCGAUC